AUGGCCGGCUAUGACUUCUGCCAGGUCCUGCAGUGGUUCGCGGAGCGCGUGGACAGGAUCAUCCUGCUCUUCGAUGCUCACAAACUGGACAUCUCAGAUGAGUUCUCAGAGGCCAUCAAGGCCUUCCGGGGCCAGGAUGACAAGAUCCGCGUGGUGCUGAACAAGGCCGACCAAGUGGACACACAGCAGCUGAUGCGCGUCUAUGGGGCCCUCAUGUGGUCCCUGGGCAAGGUCAUCAACACACCCGAGGUGCUUCGUGUCUACAUCGGCUCCUUCUGGGCACAGCCCCUACAGAACACUGACAACCGCCGCCUCUUCGAGGCUGAGGCCCAGGACCUCUUCAGAGACAUCCAGAGCCUUCCCCAGAAGGCGGCCGUGCGCAAACUCAACGACCUCAUCAAGCGAGCGAGGCUGGCCAAGGUACAUGCCUACGUUAUCAGCCACCUGAAGAAGGAGAUGCCGACUGUGUUCGGAAAGGAAAACAAGAAGAGAGAGCUUAUCAGCAGACUGCCAGAGAUCUACCUUCAGCUGCAGCGAGAAUACCAGAUUUCUGCCGGAGACUUCCCAGAAGUCAAGACAAUGCAGGAACAGCUGGAGAACUAUGACUUCACCAAAUUCCAUUCGCUGAAACCCAAGCUGAUCGAGGCAGUGGACAACAUGCUGAGCAGCAAGAUCUCGUCCCUGAUGAACCUCAUCAGCCAGGAGGAGAUAAGCAUGCCCACGCAGCUCGUGCAGGGCGGGGCCUUCGACGGCACCACUGAGGGCCCCUUCAACCAGGGCUACGGGGAAGGCGCCAAGGAGGGUGCCGACGAGGAGGAGUGGGUCGUGGCCAAAGACAAGCCCAUCUACGAUGAGCUCUUCUACACCCUGUCGCCUGUCAACGGCAAGAUAUCAGGUGUCAACGCCAAGAAGGAGAUGGUGACAUCCAAGCUGCCCAACAGCGUCCUGGGCAAGAUCUGGAAGCUGGCUGACUGUGACUGUGACGGCAUGCUGGAUGAGGAGGAGUUCGCGCUGGCCAAGCACUUCAUCAAGAUCAAGCUCGACGGCUACGAGCUGCCCAACAGCCUGCCCCCCCACCUCGUGCCCCCCUCCCACAGGAAGUCCUUGCCAAAGGCCGACUGAGGGGUGGGCUGCUCUCAGGGCAGGCAACGGGCGGUAGGGUUGGGGGGGAGGGGGGAGGCCCAGGCCUGAGGCCCGUGCUGCCACUGACUUACUGACCCUGGCCACGGCACUGCCCUCUCUGUGCCUCAGUUUCCCCACCUGUGGAAUGAGGAGGGCAGACACAGGUCACUAGAUGAGGUUCUUUCACCUCUAAAAUUCCCUGAGUUUCUAUUAAAAUAUUGGGAGGCGGGGGGGUGGGGUGGGAUAAGGAGAUUGAAGGGUUGAGAAGAAAGAGAAAUUGACCAAAGAGUACUGGGAAGCCUGGAGAGACAUAGACAUUUCUGGAUAGAAUCCCACAACCACAGGGAGUGAGCCGGGGGCUCUUCCGGAGCUGGCGAGCCUGAGCUGCGCUGGGCCACACAUCAUCAUGCACCUGCCUUGGCUCCUGUCUGUCCCUUAGAGGGUACCAGGAGGGAGCAAAGUUGAUCUUAUUUAUUUCGUUUCCUGCUGUGUUGAGAGUGGAACAUAAUAGAGCACAGAAGGUUUCUGUUCUCUCCAGGCCAUCUACCAAAGAGAAGACUGCUUCCCCCGGGUUUGUGCCUGUGUUUGCCCCCAUCCCUCCUGCAGGCUCGAGCAGGACAGGCAGCCAGGCCAGCAGAGAGCAUCUGUGAUACCCAGCAGCCCCCUGACUAACCCACCCAGAGCUCCCCCCACCCCAGACCUUCCCAGCAAAGUUGCAUUUGGUUGGGAAUUUGAAACUCAGAACCUUUAUUAGCCCCUGGCAAGAUUUCUAGUAUUCAAGUCAUGUUGAAGUCUGAAGGUUGGCUUUUCUUACUGGUCUGUCCAAUAAUUUGUAGCAAAGUCUAUUUAUCAUAAUGAAACUACAGUAAAGGAAAGAGGUGGUU